CGUUUAAGAGGUCGGUUCGAGAAAGGCUUCAGCGUAGAAGACUGUAAAAUCUACAAAAACCUCUACAGAAGCCACAUUGUGAUAAUACAGUCAGUUUUUGACAAAAAUCAUGGAUCCAAAAUCUGUGGAAUACCAAAAAAACAAUAUUUUUUUAUCAUCAAACGACUUCGUAUCAAUUUCAUUGAAUGAAAUUAACGAUAUUGAAAAAAAUAUGACUGAAACUAAUAAAGAUUUAUACACAAGUAUAAACCCUACUGGAGUGUAUACAAACAGUUUAGAAACUAUUAAAACCACAAUAGAAAAGGACUUUUUUUCAAGUCAAAAAUCAAUUAACAACAAUUCUUCAAGAAAAUCGAACAACCUCUUGAGCAAUUAUGGCACAAUGAAAAAAGCUGGAGAGUUUAGUACAAGUUGUUCCUUACUUAGGGAUUUUGACAUAAUUCAUAUUUUACAAAGUGACUUGGUUCUGGAGAAAGAGCCAUUAUUGAAAAGUUGUAAAGGUAAAUGUUUAAUAUACGUGGAAGAUGAGUCCAAAGUUGGAGACUCAUCUUUUAAAAAAUGUAAUCCGUUGAAGGAGCCGAGGGAUGAAUAUUUCUUUGCCAGGAUAACUAUCUUCCUUAGUGCCGUUGUAGGCAUGCUACCUCUGGCCUUCUUUUUACAAGCUAACGAUUAUUGGAUGUACAAAUUCCGAGACCCAAGAUCAGACAAUUAUGAUUUGAACAACAAGACGGACCUGCAAGCCAUGUUUGUAUCAACAGUCUCGGUCUGUACUACACUUCCCAACCUCUUGGGAAUAUUUUUGACCACCAGAUAUGGUCACAAGAUCAGCGUCAGAACCAGAUACCUGCUAACUUUAGUACCACAGAGUGUGAUAUUUCUAGUUUUUACCGCUGUGAUUAAAAUCAAUACUGAUCAAUGGCAAGACUCAUUUUUUGUUCUAUGCUUAACUGUUAUUGGAUUAUUGUCAUUUCUGCAACCGGUUUGCUUACUGACAACAAUCUGCGUUGUAUCAAAGUUUCCUCCAAUAUACUUAAGAUAUAACAUGUUUGGUUCUGCCGUUGGAGGUCUACUAGGAUCAAUUCUGCAAAUCUUGGCUUUGUCCAUAGGUGACGAUUCUACUCAAGUGGCUCUUAUAUAUUUUUCUACUGGUACAGUAAUAAUAAUUGUCACAGCUGUCUUUGCCUAUGCCAUAAAAUUCUCCUCAGUUUUCCAAUACUAUCUAGCCGAUGACCAUGAGGAGAAAUCAAAACCAGCUCGUACUCUCAGACAAUACUGGCACGCCGCAAAGACUGUACGGUUCUUAGUGUUGAUGAUGGCAAUUAAUAUUGUUGGAGUGGGAUUCGGACAUCCCAAUAUCACGAGUUUGGUGGUUUCUGAAGGGUAUACUGGUACCGGAAAGAGUCUAUGGUAUGACAAAUACUUUGUGGUGACUGCAACAUUCCUCUUGUACCAAGUCUUCCAGCUGGUUGGACAAUUCUUUGGAAGACCUGCUAUAACUAAAGCCAACUACCGUUGGUUUCUGUUGUUAUCAGUGGCCAACACCUUUAUUGUUGCUCCGAUGUUCUGGUUUUGCAACGCCCAACCCAGAAGUCAUUUACCAGUAUUCUUUCCUCAUGAUUACCAGUACAUGAUCAUAUUGGCUGUAUAUAGCGCUGUGUCAGCUGCUUUAGUCAUAACUAUCUACAUGAGUGUAGCAAACUUUGCCAAAGAAAAGACGGAGUUAUGCUACUUAGUUAUUACCACCACUGUCACGCUUACUAUAACUGUUACCAGUCCUCUGAGUCCACUGUACGUUUGGAUAGUCAGUUCAGUAGAGAUGGAUAAUUUUGAUCUAAAAAAAGCUUCACUUCUUUCGGAUAAAGUCUUUGGACUGCAUGAGAUCCAGGGAGUGAACAGAAGGGAUUUGCCUGCCCCAAAGGACAAAUUUUAUAUAGCAACAAUACAAGCUUUUAUUACUGGUGUUGUUUGUAUAAUACCACUCACUUUUUUCCUUCAGGCCAAUGAUUACUGGAUGUACAAAUUCAGAGAUGCAUCAAAGCCAACGUAUGACGCCAACGAAAAAACGGAUUUACAGACCCAGUUUGCAUCUAUCAAUACUGUAGUCACUUCUGUGAUGAGUGUAAUAGCAGGCACAUGUACCGUUUUGUUUGCACACCGGAUAGAAAUGAGACUACGAUUUUUGCUCAGCACUGGACUUAUGUGUGUAUUGUUUGUACUUUUUACGAUUUUGGUCAAAGUGGAUACGGACUCUUGGCAAAGCUUGUUUUUUGGUGUCGCUCUAAUAGUGAUGGGAGCUAUUGCAGCCAUUUCCGCAUUUUUUGGUAUGAGCGCAAAUGGAUAUUUCUCCCGAUUUCCACCUUUUUAUAUGAUUGUUAAUCUGUUUGGUGGCGCAUGUGGUGGCUUAUUUGGUUCUUCCCUCCAAAUUAUCUGUCUAUCCGUAUCGGAUGACUCUAUCGUAGUGGCGCUAAUAUAUUUUUCUUGUGGAACGUGCAUCAUUUUCCUGAGCGUUAUCUUAUCAUUCGCGAUGAAAUACUCUCCCGUGGUCCAAUUUUAUUGGUUUGAAGCAAAAGAAACGCAAGAACGGAAGAAAUACACACUUAAAGAUUACGCCAUAGGAGUUAAAAAGUGUUGGGUAUUAUUGAUGAUGAUUGUGAUAACGUUUACUACUAUGAGUCUGACCCAUCCCAACCUAUCAAAUUUGGUUGUGUCAGAAUCGUAUACGGGAAAAGGAUUGAGUCCCUGGGGUGAUAAAUACUUCGUGGUUACUGGUACAUUUUUAUUGUACGACUUUUUUCAAGUAACGGGACGAUUCAUAUCAAGACCAAGAAUAACGAAAGAAAAUAAAUGGUGGUACCUGCUAGUAGUGACGAUUAGAGCUUUGGUCAUAACACCUCUAUUUCUAUUCUGUAAUGCAAGGCCUCGAACUUUGACAGUUUGGUUUCCACACGACUAUCAGUAUAUGAUCAUGAUGGUAGUCUUUAGUUUUUCAAUGGCUGUAAUGAUAGGCGACAACAUUCUCAGCGUUCCAAAUUUUGCCGAAGAUAAAGCCGAAGCAGUUUACACGGUAUUUCCAGGUCUGAUGACUGCGUUUGGGGCAGUUUUAAGUCCUCUUAAUCCUUUAUAUAUAAAAAUUCUCAAGUCGUAAUGAAGAUAGGAAUUUAGAUAUAUUUAUUUAUGUUUAUAUAUUUAUAAUUAUUGAAGAUAUUCUUCUUUAAUGGCGCGGCGAUUUGAUUGAGGGUAAAAUUGUAUAUAAAUCUGCGCGCCUGCGCGCGCACACAGACAGCAUGUAGUUCAUUGCUAAUCUUUCAAGAUAGGUAGGUAUGUAUGUAUCUGUAACCGUGCAAAUAAGUCAUUAAAAGAAUAUAUUAGUGUUUUUAGUAAAUGUAUUAUUUAUUAUAAUUCUUGUGUUUUUGGAUUUGUGUUUCUCUGUAGUAAAAUAAUAAAAUAUUAUGUAGGCAUAA